AACAGCACUCUCUCUCACACACACACACACACACAAUGGCAUGCAGGUAGACCAUAAAGGCCUGGGACGUUCUCUCCAGUUUCAGUAGCUUGUCCGCCCGCUGACAAUGGCAAGCAAACGUCUCCUGUUGUGGAUUCUGUCGCUGGCUGCUUCACUUGAUCCCUCAGUUUGCACAGAGUUUAAUGGAGUGAAGGUGUAUGACGUGGUCCGGCCAAUCAGACUUCACAGCCUGAGAAAGAGGGCAGUGGAGUCCUCUAGGCCUGAGGUACUGAAGUAUGGGAUGACAUUAAAAGGAAAAGACAUCGAGUUGAACCUGGAGCGGAAUGACGGUAUUUUGACAAAGGAAUACAGUGAGACAUACUAUACUGACGACGGCACACCGGUCACCUCUGCUCCUGAGGACCUGGACCACUGCUACUAUCACGGAAGCAUUGUCAACGACAGUGAAUCCAUGGUUAGCGUUAGCACCUGUGAUGGUCUCAGGGGAUACAUCCAGACAGCAGAACAGAAGUUCUUGAUUGAACCCAUGACAGAGGACAAAGAUGGAGACCAUGCACUUCUAAAGUUUGAUGAUGUUCACGACAAACCAAUGACGUGUGGAGUCACCAACACCAGCUGGGACCCGGAGUACCCCGCCAAAACCAGUAGAGCCCAAUCCCGUGGGGCUAGACCAUCAUUACUCCAGCAGCAGAAAUACAUUGAGCUCUAUCUUGUAGCAGACAAUAGAGAGUAUAUACGCAUGAAAAAAGACAUUUCAGAAUUGAGGAAGCGAAUAUUUGAGAUCAUCAAUUUUGUUAAUGGGGUGUAUAAAUCUCUAAACACCUUCAUAGCCUUGACUGGACUGGAGGUGUGGACAGACAGUGACAAGAUAUCAGUGACCCCACCAGCGGGGGCCACCUUGGACGGUUUCACCAAGUGGAGGAACUCUGACUUGAAGAAGAGAAAGCGCCAUGACAAUGCUCAGUUGAUAACAGGUAUUGACUUUGAUGGAUCAACAGUUGGACUGGCCUUUAUUGGAACACUGUGCUCCGAUCACUCCACUGGGGUCGUCCAGGAUCAUAACCAUCGGGCUGUUGCAGUUGGAGCAACACUAUCACAUGAAAUGGGACACAACUUGGGAAUGAGCCAUGACACGAGUUCCUGUGUCUGUCCAGACAACAGCUGCAUAAUGGCAGCAGCCCUAAGCUAUACCAUCCCACAGACAUUCAGCAGCUGCAGCAGUACUGACUACAGCAACUUUCUGGGCAACCGCAACCCCGAGUGUGUGCUGAACAAGCCGGACUACAAGGAACUGGUGACGGAGCCGGUGUGCGGGAACGGGUUCCUGGAGCGAGGGGAGCAAUGUGACUGUGGCACGGUGGUGGAAGAGGAAUGCACCAACCCAUGUUGCAAUGCCACCAACUGUAGACUAGUGGAAGGGGCUCAAUGUGCUGAAGGGGACUGCUGUGAGAACUGCAAGAUCAUGUCCCCCAACAGAGAGUGCAGACCCAAGCACGAUGACUGCGAUCUGCCAGAGUACUGCACCGGCAAAUCUACAGAGUGUCCAGAGGACGUAUUUACCGUGAACGGCCUCCCGUGUGAGAAUGGGAAAGGCUACUGCUACAAUGGCCAGUGUCCGCAGAUGGAGGAGCAGUGUAUCCAAAUGUGGGGGGGAACUGCAAGAGUGGGCAGGGAAUUCUGCUUUAACCAGAACACGAGGGGAAUUUACUAUGGCUUCUGCAAAAGGCCUAGCAAAGAUGUGUAUGAACCAUGCCAGAAAGAGGAUAUAAUGUGUGGGAAGCUGUUCUGUCAUGAUGGCAAUGGCAAUCCCAAUUACGGUCGACUGGUGGCCUUCAGUGAUUGUAAAGCAACAUUCUAUGGUGACCCUGAAACCGACCGUGGACAGGUGGAUACAGGGACCAAGUGUGGAGAGGGAAUGGUAUGCAAUCAGAAUCAGUGUGUGAACCUUGUGACAGCCUACAGAGUGCUCAACUGCUCAGCCAAGUGCCCUGGGCAUGGGGUGUGCAAUCACAGAUCAGAAUGCCAGUGUGAACCUGGGUGGCUUCCACCACACUGCGACUCAAAGGAUCCAAAGUGGCAGCUCUCCAAAGAGGGUGUAACUGCCAUCGCAGUAAUUUUCUCCCUUUUGGGUCUGAUCAUCGUGAUCGGGGCCAGUGUUUUCAUGUGGAAGCGAAGACAAAACUCUUCACCUGGUCUCCCAGCCCAGAAGAGCCAACCUGUGAGUAAACCUGUUUUGGGUCGCCAGCCACUGAAGACACCCAAGCCUAACGCACAAGCAACACAACGGCCUAAUACUAGACCACCACCACCUCCCUCCACUGGUAGGCAGAGUAGACCAGUGCAGCCCAACUUCAUGGCAGCACGAGAGGCUCUGCGGCCUCCACCUCGAGUAUGAUCUACAGCAUCAGGAAAUGAGAGCAGGUGGAAAGGAGUUUGUGGAGUUGCACUGAGUUCACGACUUCUGUCUGUUUGGAGUGAGAGGUUUGGGAAACGCCAACUGCGAAUAUGUGCACCAGAAACGAACAUGGAAUGGCCUGGGAAGAGCCAGCAAGUGCAAUGUUUCAUGUCCACUCAAUCAUAGGGUGCGGCAUGAUUUUUUUUAAUAGCCAUACACUGUAUGAAACAGUUUUCAUUGCCAAGUUUGAAUGUGCAUGUCUGUUUGUGUGUAUAUGUGUGUGUGUGAAUGGGCUGAAAUGCCAAUUUGAGCCUUAGUAUGGCAUGUCUAUGCCUUUUUAGUGGUUACUUGAGAUUUAAAUAAAUAUUGUGUAUACUUUUUAAUUGUACAUAGAUGAACUCAGAUUUUUUUUAUUUCCUCAGUAAAGUUAUCUGUACAUUUGUUGUUUUAAGUACUACACUGUACACUUAACAGGUUGUUACCAUUUCAUUGCUAUGUAAUGUUGUACAUACAUAGAUUAAAAGUAAACAUAAGUGUAAAAAUAUUAAUAAAACACACUAAAAUAC